UCCAAAUAAGGCAGCUCCUCGCUAACCUAGACAGCAAAUAGUCACAACGUAAACCAAGGCAUUAGUGAUCACCGCUUCGGCCCGACGUGCUGUAACAGUAAUGAAAGUGUUCUUCCUUUUUUUUCUAUCAAUUUUGAUGGUUACUAUGUGUCAUAAUACUAAUUCCACGGAACAGUGUCCAAAUGUUAAAUCAUCCUUAAAUUUAUUGAGAAAAAGAAGACAUCUUACUUUUCCUGACAAAAGUAAUAUUGUGCUCACAAUAUCACUUGUAAAGGCAUUUCUAACUCACGCUCCUGCAGGAUGGAAUUUAGCCUUAGAAAUAGAUGUUUUAUUCCCACUGCCAGACGCAAAAUUUUCGAAUAAACAUUGGAGGAAGAAACUUCAUCAUCGCCAGAAAAGAGAAUUUUGGGAGCGACUGCAGAAUGCCUUCAACCUCCAUAAUUUAAAUGGAAAAGCGUGUGUUUUAAAAAGCAUUUGUGAUGCUAAAAUAUAUUUGGCUGAACCUGGAAAAUCUCUAGUUCACGACUUGCUACGCGCGAUAUUCACAGCACCUGUUCAUCAAGAGGACUUCACAAAUGAGAUGACGGAUCAAUAUCGUGAAAUUUUGGACCCUGACUUCUGCCAACAACCCAUGGAUUGCCCGUUCUCUCUUCUUAAUUUCAUCUUUGCGUUAAACAAACAAAUAUAUUAAUUAUUUUAAAUUGUAUUUACUCAUAUUUUUACCGGUUAUUCUGUCAGAGAAAAACAAGUAAAAAUAUAUCUAAAUUGAUUGGAUUAAAUCAAAUGAGAUUAAUUUUACGUAGAAUUAGAACUCGGCUUAUCUACGAAACUCAUUUCUGUUGAUGGCAAUUAUAUAGUUUUCGAAUUAUUUCCCCUACACUUGACUUCCUCCACCGUGAAAGCUAUCUCAUAUUGAUACGAUUAUAUUAAACCGACUCCGUGUUGAUAUCGCGAAUAAUAUUGGCAAUGAAUAUUUAGUAUACACGUUUAGUACACACGUAAGUUAGAUUAUUUAAAAAAAAAAUAUUAUGAACCUGUAAAUUUUUUUGUUGUAAUAAAUAUUUUUAUUAUUGCUUAAAAAUAAAAAAAAAAGUUUUUCUAUGAUGUCCCACACAUAUGUAAUUUGUUACAAAGAAAAUACGACUCAGAGUAAACUGCGGCGCUUGACGUUGGUUCCAAUAAAUCUUUUAAACUGCUGGAACACCAGUUUUGUAAGAUCUUAAUACUUGCAAGUUAUUUCUCUUCAUAAAAUAUAUGGUAAAGAUAA